AUGGAUGCUCUUGUCUCAAAGGCGGUGGAGCGCCUCGGCAGAAAAAAAGUGUGGCUUGUGGUCCAUGUGGUGCGGCAAUUAGAUAAAUCCGAGUGUACGGUUAGUGGUGUGCGUGAGGCGCUGCGCCGCAUUCAUCUCUACUUGGACGAUGACGAGUUUGCUGCUCUCACUCGCCUAUUUGCCCGUGAUGCCACUACUACUACUACUACUACUACUACUACUACUACUACUAAUGGUGAUAAUAAUAAUAAUAAUGCUGCCUUUGAUACCAUUGCCUUUUCACGUGCGUUUCUCACGACAAUAUCACCACGCCGACAGCACGUUGUGAAUCUCGUGCUGCGCAAAGUCGAUCCAACUUCCAGCGGCUUUGUUACUUUCGCCACGUUGUGUGAAUUGUACGACACCAUGCGACACCCACACGCCCUCACACAACGAGAACCGGAUACACUCCUGCGUGAAUUCCUCAACGAUUUUGCAGAGAUCCACCCCAAUCUCGGCAGCAGCAGCAGCAUCAGCAGCAAGAACAAUAAUCAUAAUCAUAAUGGUGGUGGUAGCGGCAGCAACGGUAACGGUCCUGGUAGUGGGAGUAUUGGAAUUACAACAGAUGAACUGGCAGCGUAUUAUGUUGGUAUUUCUCGUACAACAACACGUGAUGAUGACUUUGAAUUGCGAUGCAUUCGCAGUUUUUCACUUGAUCGGCCAAAGCGUAACGUACUGGAGGAUUUUGCAGAUGAUGAAAGCAGUCGUACCACAUCACACGGUAGUUUACGCCGCAGAAAGUCUGCGAAUGCCGCAACAGGAACAGCCAUGCAUCCACUGUAUCGCACAACGGCUAUGGAAUACGGUAAAGAGUGCGAGAAGGCAACAUAUGAUGGAAAGUACUCAUUAAAUCAUUGCUUUACAAAAUAUGCUCCAAUGCAACGAGGUGGUGGAGCCACAUCUAUGAAUAUGUAA